AUGGCUUUCGAAAAACCCGUCAAGACUUCUGCUUACUCGUCCAGAUUCCAGACUCCUUUCCGUAGAAGACAGGAGGGUAAGACCGACUACUACCAGAGAAAGAGAUUGGUCGCUCAGCACAAGGCUAAGUACAACUCUCCAAAGUACAGAUUGGUCGUCAGAUUCACCAACAGAGACAUCAUUGCCCAGAUCGUCUCUUCCCAGAUCACUGGUGAUGUUGUCCUUACUGCUGCUUACGCUCACGAGUUGCCUCAGUACGGUAUCAAGUACGGUUUGACCAACUGGUCUGCUGCUUACGCUGUCGGUUUGUUGGUUGCCAGAAGAGCUUUGCAGAAGCUCGGCUUGGACGAGACCUACACCGGUGUUGAGGAGGUUGAGGGUGAGUUCGAGUUGACCGAGGCUGUUGAGGAUGCCCCAAGACCAUUCAAGGUUUUCUUGGACAUUGGUUUGCAGAGAACCACCACUGGUGCCAGAAUCUUCGGUGUCUUGAAGGGUGCUUCCGACGGUGGAUUGUACGUUCCUCACUCUCCAAACAGAUUCCCAGGUUGGGACAUUGAGUCUGAGGAGUUGGACGCUGAGCUUUUGAGAAAGUACAUCUUCGGUGGUCACAUUGCUGAGUACAUGGAGGAGUUGAUGGAUGACGAUGAGGAGAAGUACAAGCAGGUCUUCAAGUCUUACAUUGACGACGAGAUUGACCCAGAGGAUGUUGAGGAGAUCUACGCUAACGCUCACGAGAAGAUCAGAGAGGACCCAGUCUUCAAGCCAACUGAGAAGAAGUUCACCAAGGAGCAGUACGCUGCUGAGACCAAGAAGUACUUGGCUAAGAAGUUGACCAGAGAGGAGAGACAGGCUAAGAUCAACCAGAAGAUCGCUGACUUCCAGGCUGAGAAGUAA